AUGUUCCAGGUGUCUCUCAGUCUCGCGAACGUCUUUGUCGCCGUCGUCGUCGUCUUCGCGGGGACGCGCAUCCUCAAUUACGUGCAGUACGCCCAGCAAACGGGCUAUCUGCCAGGUAUACGCUCUUUCGUCACACCGAUCUCGCUCUUCGGCGUCCUGUUCCCUACCAGUCGUUGGAACCCGGGACGAGAGUGGCAAUGGCAAUGGAGGAAGGACGUAUAUAAGCGACAUGGGACGGAGACCAUUUCGUCGUUGCCGUACCUCUUUGGUGGACCAGCCAUCUAUACCUCGUCUCUCGACGUCGCACGGCAGAUCGUUGCCAUGAAGGGAGAAUUCUACAAGACCAAGGAGAUGACUGCCAUCACCCUUGUAUGGGGUCCGAACGUGUUCGCCGCAAACGGAGACGAGUGGAAGCGAUUCAGGCGUAUCAUGAACCCCGCAUUCGCCACGUCGACUUUUGCGUCUGUGUGGAACGAAACAUGCCGCGGCUUCCGCGAGAUGAUCGUUGGCCAGGGAUGGAACGGCCUCGAGUCGAUCGACAUUCUCGACAUCAGCCCGCUGACCAACAAGUUUGCGCUCAUCUUGAUAUCGUCUGCGGGGUUCGGCCACCCCCUGUCCUGGGAUCUGAGCAGGACGCCCGGAUCCAAAACGAUGUCAUUCGGGGAAGCACUUCACCUCAUUACCCACAACUUGAUCCUCCGUCUGGUGGUCCCCCGCAUCGCAUACUGGCUUCCGAUAAAACGUCUGCAGGAUCUCGAGGAAGCCUACAAUAUCGUUCGGGCGUUCUUGUUGACACUCAUCGACACGCGGCGGAAGGAGUUCGCUGCCGGCGCACCCGCACAGAACGACGUGCUGAGUUUGAUGAUUCAGUCAGCGGAGAAUGAAGGGCAUCUCAGCAUGACGGACGACGAGCUAUAUCAAGAGGAGAUGUAUCAAGAGAUUCUGGCUGUGAUGCCCACCGGCGCAGAAUGCGUUCGUGUCUUCACCCCGUGGAUGAUCCCGACUCAUACGUUUUCCCACAGACCUUCGGAACUCGCACAAGCUUCGCAAACGGCCGGCUUCAUGUGGAUCCGCGACACGGCGGAAGACAUCGUGCUCGAGCACGUCGGGCCGAACCGCGACCAGCGCAUCCCAGUUCCGCGCGGGACCCGCGUCGUGGUGGACGGCAUCGGUCUGCAUCACAACCCGCGGCUGUUCCCCGAGCCGGACAAGUUCAAGCCAGAGCGGUGGUACGACGCGCCGGAGAGCGCGCUGACCAUGUUCUCGCUCGGCACCCGAGUCUGCAUCGGACGGCGGUUCGCGAUCACGGAGGGGGUCUGCUUCCUCGCAAACCUCUUGCGGGACUGGCGCGUCGAGCUGCUCGCCCCGCACGGCGAGUCGCGCGCGGAUUUGAGCCAUCAAAGGGCUUACGAUGUGCGGCAGGGCCGGUGCCGAGACCGUCGAGUUGGUGAAGGAGAGGACGAGCAUGACGAGUGA